UACCUAUGUGUCAUAUUCAUACAAAUUGAAAGUCAAAACAAUAACCAAAAUAUUAUGGAUCGGCAUAAAAUCACUAAAAUUAAAUACACGCACUAACAUUAUGCCACUACAAAAAGCUAAAAACAAGAAAAAGAAGGGGAAACCACAUGAAAAGAUAAUGAAUAAAUGGGCGGUGGAGACAAUAAGCUAGAAGUAACCACCACCCAGUCUGAUAUCAAGAUUCUCAGGGAACAAGGGUUCACAUUAGAAAAAGUGGUUGGAGAAGGAUCUUAUGCUAAGGUGUACAAAUCAACGCACAUAAUCGACGAGACCCGGCACGUAGUCGUCGCGUGUAAGGUCAUCGACACUGCGCAGGCGCAUCGCGACUACCUCAACAAGUUUCUACCUCGCGAACUGGACAUCCUUAUCCGCAUCCACCAUCCACACAUCGUCCACGUCUCCUGCAUCUUCCAGAGACGCUCCAAGUACUUCAUCUUCCUCCGAUUCGCCGAGAAAGGAGACCUGCUAGACUUUUUAGCCGCAAAUGGCGCGAUCCCCGAAAACCAGAGCCGACUGUGGAUGAGACAGAUCAUGUCGGCGUUGAACUAUAUGCAUGCUAUGAACGUCGCGCACAGGGAUUUGAAAUGCGAGAAUAUUUUGAUAACAGUCAACUUUAACGUAUUGAUAACUGACUUUGGAUUCGCGCGCUCAGUCAAACAGCGCGAUAAAGAUGUUCUCAGUGAGACGUACUGUGGGUCUCUGUCGUACGCCGCUCCGGAAGUGUUGAAAGGUGUUCCGUAUUUGCCUAAAAUGGCCGACGUAUGGUCUAUAGGAAUCAUAAUGUAUACUAUGUUGAAUAAAGCGUUGCCUUUCAACGAAACCUCUGUUAAGAAGCUAUAUGAAAAACAGUUGAUGCGCAAAUGGAAGUUUCGUUCCAGCAUCGUGUCGCAACUAUCCAACGAGUGCAAGCAGCUGGUGACGUCACUACUGGAACCUGAGGGGAAAGUGCGUCCCACUGCUGGCGAUGUACUGAAGGGAGCGUGGAUCUCUAUGGACCCGAGACUUACUAAGAGCACCCCUAUGGAAGAGAGCCUGUUGAAACAAGCAGAGGAGAAGCAACGCGAGGGAGAUGAGGACCAGGAGGCGGAGCGCAUGGCCGAGAUCAGGCGCAAGGCACGCGGGAAAGAAGGCCUCAAAAUAUUGAAGAACCCAGACACUAACUACAUGAAGUCAACUCCACUAUUCGAUGAUAAAGAAAACAAGAAUUAAAAGUCAGUAAAUUGUCUCUCUCGUUUAUUUUUAUUAACUGUUAUUAAAAUCGAUUAACGUUACGUUGUAAAUUACAAUGAUAUUAUUGAUACUCGAGGGUUGUUCGUAUAAAGCUAUGGAAGACAGGGUUGGCAGCCGCUGAACACUACAAUAAGUAAGUACAAUUUUGUUAUAAAACUUGGCACGUUUUAGGAACGGGAUUGAAAUUCACUAAACUUUAUAAAAUUAAUACGAACAAGACAUCAACGUAUUGUAAACUAAUAUCAAACGCAAA